UUCUUAGGUCCCCUCUGCCUUCCAUUCCCUGUCCCUUUACCGAUAGAGCUGAGAAGCUAUGGCUGGUUUGUUAUGGAGUGAGGGAGGUCUAGAGAUGAUAGGUGCUCAAAGGAGGUUUUAUUGAGAACAGAAAAGAGGGGAUUCUCUUCAAGAAGCUAGAGCAAACAAUCAGAGGCGCAAAACCCAGGGACCCAAUAUCUUCCAGCCGCUUGAAGCUUAUAGGCAGAAAAGACAAUGAGGCGCGAUGAUUUUACCAUGGAUCGCCUGAAAGGAGGAGGAUUUGCGAGCAUUCUGCCAUGGGACCCAGUGGACCUGCAAGGAUUCUGCCAUGGGACGCCGUGAAGAAGGAAGAUCUGGAUUUGGAAAGCUUAAUCGGGGGGAGGAUGCCUGAAAUCUGUCAUGGGUAUACAGAUUUAGGGUUUGGUGAUUUGGGGAUUUGUUGAAAAGAGAGCAGCUAUCACCUGGAGGGAUAGAGACAAACUCAAACCGAGUUGAGAGAAAGGGCCUGCAGCAGUUAGUCACUAACUUCGAUGAUGUCGCGAGGUGGGUUUUGCCCAUCUUGAUUGCUCCAGUUAAAGUCUCUCCUCGCUUUCCUUUUUGGAAUCUCCUGACAUACGUAGAGCUUCCAAUGAUGUUCAUUCCUGUCAUAUAUUGAGCUUUGCUCAAGUCCAGGUCAGAAAAGCGCGUCCUUUCUAUUGCCUUAUCCAAUUCUACCCAGAGUUUCCCUCUCUUUUUCUUAUUUUGGUCAAUGAUGUUCAUUCCUGUCGUGUAUUGAGCUUUGCUCAAGCCCAGCUCACAAAAGCGCGUCCUUUCUAUUGCCUCUUUAUCCAAUUCUACCCAGAGUUUCCCUCUUUUUCCUUAUUUUGGUCGAUGAAAUCUAUCCACUUCGGACUGUCCAAUGUUUAUCCUGUUCCAAUCCGGGUAAUGCCAGACUUUCAUGCAGAAAUUGCACCCCAGAUAACAUUUUGGCCUUUUCUAUCUUGGGUGGUUUGGAUUUUUAUAACCAAUUGUGCUUUAGCCCUAUUUUUGUUUCCAAAACCUCCGUUCUUAUCCGUCCUUAUCUCACUGCCAAUGCUAUAUGACUACCAUUUUGGCCUUUUCUAUCGCGGGUAGUUUUGGGGUUUUAUAACCAAUUGUGCUUUAACCCUAUUUUUGUCGCCAAAACCUCCGUUCUUGUCUGUCCUAUCUUUCACUGCCGAUGCUAUAUGACUACCAGAUUUAUCUGCUCUGUGUGGUUCUUCAGAGCUUAACUUUGCACAUUACAAUCCAGUGCAGUGCUUAAAGAAUGAAGGCUUUUUGUUUGUUUCGGUUGUCAAUCUUGCUUGCUUUAAUUAAUGGUGCUUUGUGUAAGGAGUGUACCAACAUUCCUACUGAGCUUUCGUCACACACUCUUAGAUACGAGCUCUUAGCAUCAAACAACGAGUCAUGGAGAGAGGAGAUGUUCUCACACUACCAUUUGACUCCAACGGACGAGACGGCUUGGUCCAACUUGUCACCAAGAAAGAUAUUGAAAGAAGAAGAGGAAUUUGACUGGAUCAUGAUGUACCGGAAACUGAAGAACUCUGCUGGGUCCAACCCACCGGGGGAGUUCCUUAAGGAAGUAUCAUUGCAUGAUGUGAGAUUGGAUCCGAGUUCAGUUCAAUGGCGGGCACAGCAGACAAACCUAGAAUACUUACUGUUGUUGGAUGUGGAUAGUUUGGUGUGGAGCUUUAGGAAAACAGCAGGUUUGCCAACACCAGGAAAGCCAUAUGGUGGUUGGGAGCGCCCGGCUUGCGAGCUCCGGGGUCACUUUGUGGGGCAUUAUUUGAGUGCGACGGCACAAAUGUGGGCAAGCACUCACAAUCAUAGUAUUGGAGAGAAAAUGUCUGCAUUAGUGACUGCUCUUGCGGCCUGUCAAGAGAAAAUGGGCACGGGAUAUCUUUCAGCUUUCCCAUCCGAGCAAUUUGAUCGUUUCGAAGCUAUCAAACCAGUCUGGGCUCCAUAUUACACCAUUCACAAGAUCAUGGCAGGUCUUCUGGAUCAAUAUAAACUUGCUGGCAACAAGCAAGCUUUGAAAAUGGUUACAUGGAUGGCUGAUUACUUCUACAAUCGUGUGCAGAAUGUGAUCAGAACAUACUCUUUAGAAAGACACUGGCUGUCACUCAAUGAAGAGACUGGUGGCAUGAAUGAUGUCCUUUACCAGUUAUUCACCGUAACGAACGAUCCCAAGCAUUUGUUGUUGGCUCAUCUCUUUGACAAACCUUGCUUUCUAGGAUUGCUUGCUGUGCAGGCUGACGACAUAGCUGGUUUUCAUGCGAAUACUCAUAUCCCAGUUGUUGUCGGAGCCCAGAUGCGUUAUGAAGUUACUGGUGACCUGCUAUACAAGACCAUAGGGACAUUCUUCAUGGACAUUGUGAACUCCUCUUACAUCUAUGCAACAGGUGGCACAACAGUCAGGGAAUUCUGGGAGGACCCAAAGCGUUUAGCAACGACUCUUGAAACAGAAAAUGAGGAAUCAUGCGCCACCUAUAACAUGCUGAAGGUGAGCCGCAACUUGUUUAGAUGGACCAAAGAAGUUGCAUAUGCAGAUUAUUAUGAGCGAGCGUUGACGAACGGCGUGCUAGGUAUUCAGAGAGGGACAGAGCCAGGCAUCAUGAUCUACAUGCUUCCUUUGGGACGUGGGGUGUCCAAGGCCAGAAGCUUUCAUCAAUGGGGAACUCAGUUCGACUCCUUCUGGUGCUGCUAUGGGACAGGAAUUGAGUCGUUUUCGAAAUUGGGAGAUUCUAUAUAUUUUGAAGAACAAGGAGAAGUUCCUGGUCUUUACGUAACUCAAUAUGUAUCGAGUUCCCUCAACUGGAAAGCAGGGGGACUGAUCGGUCAGCACAUCGGUCCUCUGUCGUCAUGGGAUCCUUAUCUUCAAGCAACAAUUACUUUCUCGUCAGAGGCAGCGGCACAGUUCUCUACCCUGAAUUUCCGAAUACCGAGUUGGGUCUCUUCAGCUGGCGCCAAAGCAGAACUAAAUGGACAACGUUUAAAUCUACCAUCUCCAGGUAAAUUUCUCGUCUUGGAGGGGAAAUGGAGCCCCAGCGACAAGCUGACCCUUCAGUUUCCCCUUGGCUUGCGGACAGAGGCUAUCAAAGAUGACCGACCCAAGUAUGCUUCCCUUCACGCAAUACUUUACGGGCCUUAUCUUCUCGCGGGGCUGACCAGCAGAGACUGGGAACUAAAAGCCGACCCAGAUGCUCCUCUAUCCAAUUGGAUCACUCCCGUUCCGGCUUCUUACGGUUCUCAGUUGCUCUCUCUUUCGCAAGCAUCGGGCAAUUCGUCAUAUUUCCUGACCAACACGAACCACUCCAUUACAAUAGAGAAGUCCCCUGAGCCGGGCACUGAUUCGGCUGUCCAUGCCACCUUCAGACUUGUCUCCAAAGACCCCACCACUUUAGGAAUCAGGUCAAGAGAGGGCGUGAUCGGGAAAUCGGUCAUGCUCGAACCAUUCGACCUUCCCGGAAUGGUGGUAGUGGAAAAAGGGAAAGAAAAGCACCUCGUAGUCGAGGGAUCAAGCAAGGGCAGCUCGUCCCUCUUCCGUGUGGUCGCAGGACUGGACGGGAAGGCCAAAGCCGUGUCCUUCGAGUCGGAAAGCCACAAAGGUUGCUACAUAUACACGGGGUUGAAUCACGACGAGGGUUCCGGCGUGAAGCUGGGGUGCGUCUCGGAUCACUCGAACAGUAAGUUCAAAAAAGCGAGCAGCUUUGCAUGGGAAGACGCCACAAGCCAUUAUCAUCCUAUCAGCUUCGUGGCGAAGGGUGCAAGCAGGAACUUCCUCUUGGUGCCGUUGAUGAGCUUGAGAGAUGAAUCGUACACUGUUUAUUUCGACAUCCAGUCUUGAAAGAUUGGUUUGUAUAGAAGUACAUCGAUAUCAAAAUAAGAAUGCUCGGUUAGGUCGAUGUAGUUGCACUCAGUCACUGCAAAUUUCCAGUCGGAAACUCGAAAAGGCCGCUCUCUUCGGCAUUCGAGUC